CUUAAGUUGUCUAUGGUAUAUUGUCAAAAUAAAACGAAAAUUAGUUUCUGUAUUUCUUAAUUUUCUGUUCCCUAAAUAAAACAAUGGCAAUUGUUGAAGAUGGAUUGCGAAAUGAUUCCGAAGAAGAUAAUGAAAUAGAAGUGUAUGUUGAGGAGGACGAUGCGGAACAAGAUUCUGAUGAUUCAGACGAUGAUGAUGAGGAGGUGUCAGAAAGAAAAGUGUUGGACUUGGAGAGCCAAAUAGCAGAUGAUCCAUACAAUUAUAAUGCCCAUGUUGAAUUAAUACAAACUCUAUGGAGUUUAUCAGAAUUGGACAAAUGGCGGUGUGCCUUCGAUCGGUUCCAGCAGACAAUGUUAUUACGUCCUGAGCACUGGCUGUUGCGUCUCCAGACGGAGGAAACUCUUGCACAUUCCGCUCAGUCUAUAGAAUUUAUGGCUGAUCUAUUCAAUCAGGCGUGUUAUGAUUGUUAUUCCAUUCCAAUACUAAAUCUAUGGUGUUCUUGGGCAAUGAGCAUUGGUACAGAAGAUGGUAGGGCACAAAUAGAGGAAGUGCUCAAAAGGGCUGGUUCCGAUCCUUUUUCUGGGAAACUAUUCUGGGAAGCAAGACUGGAACUGGAGAAAACAAAGCUUCAAUCAUUAGGUGAAGACCAUCCAGAUCUAAAAAGUCAGAAGCAGCAUGUUCUGUGGGUCUUAGAGGAAGUGGUGUCUCGGCCACUGCUGAGAGGUGAUGAAGGAUGGCAACCAUUUGAAGAAAUGGCAUUAGAGCUUAAAGACCAGACUUAUGUAGACAAGGUUAAAAUACAACACGAAGCGGCUCUUGAGUAUUUACACAAAAUCACGCCUUUUGAAGAUAAACUACUAAUAGUAGAAGAUCCAGCGGAAAAAACUCAAUUAUAUCUGGAGUACAUAGAACUUGUAAAGGAAUUGUCAAAACAAGAGAAGUAUUUGGAAUGUGACAGCAACAGUAUUUUAAGGGUACUUUACGAGCGUGCUACCACUCAGUGUGCGAGUGGAGAAGUGUUACACGAGUUGUUGUUGGAGUACGGGAGUCACACGCAACAGAACAACUCACGUAUGACCACGCGACGUGUCUUAGAGGCGUGUGUACGCAGAUGUCCCAGCAAAAAUACAUUCUGGACGCUCAAGAUGCAGCAAGCUGAACAUGAGGAGUCUGAUUUUGAUGAGGUUAAAUCUAUAUUAGAAAUAGCACUAGCAAAAGGUAUGGAGUCUUACACACAAGCGGAAUUUCUCUGGAUGAGUUAUCUUGAAUUCUGCAGACGACGAACUGAUUUCAGUAAAGAAUCUGACGUGGACAGAUUGCGACGCACUUUCAGACUGGCCUGGGAUUCACUUGGCGAGACUUGGGGUAGUGAGGCGAAUGAUUGCGAAUUACCUUUAUUCUGGGCUCAUGUUGAAUACAAGCGUAUCAAAGAUCCCAAACAGGGCAAGGAAAUAUUUGAAGAAAUAUUCAAGUACGGCGAGAACGUGACGAUGUGCAAGUACUGGGAGGCGCUGCUGCAGCUGGAGAGCGAGAGACAGGUGCGGGAGGAGGGAGAUGAGGGUGCUGGCCUGCAGCGGCUGCGGGAGCUGCACCGGCGUGCGAUGCGCAGCGUGACUGACUACCCGCCCACCAUCGCACGACUCUGGCAGAACUUUGAACGUCUGCACGGACAUCUGGACAACGUCACACAAUGUGCCAAGAUAUCCAAUAGUAAGGUGAAAGAAUGGCGUAAGAACUACCAAACGAUGAGAGAUAAAAUGACCGGUGGUGCGCAGAGAGGUAAACAGGCACAAAAAAAGACAAAGUUUGAUGAUAAAAAGGUAAAAGAUACACUGGGUAAGGGGAAGAGGAAGGCUGGUGCAGGGGACGGAGAAGGCAGCGGAGUGAAGAGGAAAAAGGAGAACGAGAUGGCAGAUAACAAAAUGAAAGGGAAUAAUAGUGGAGUGAAGAGGUCUCAUGAUAAUGAGAAAGAAGGCAAAGAUAACAAGCGACAACGGACAGAUAGUUCCUCCAGUGGGCCUGUGUCUGCGGACAGGGAGGCUUGCACGUUGUUUGUUAGCAAUCUAGAUUUUAAAGUGAACGAGCAGAAUCUUCGUGACAAAUUGUCAGAGUUUGGGGACAUCAUGUCUUUACGAGUGAAGGCGGGCGUCAAAGCCUUCGGUGGCUCCAUCUGUUAUUGCCAGUACAAGACUCCGGAAUCAGUAGAAGAAGCAAUCAAACAUGACCGCACACCAUUAGACGGACGACCAAUGUUUCUAUCAAAGUACUCAGUUAAUAAAUCCAAGUCGUUCAAAUACGCGACAACAGCGGAGAGGAACAAACUGUUUGUACGUAACUUGCCCUACGAUCAGUGCACUAAGGAAGCUCUCACCAAAGUGUUUGAUAAGUACGGCACCCUUAAAGAUGUCAGAAUUGUCACUUUCAAGGACGGGAAACCUAAAGGUCUAGCGUACAUAGAAUACGAAGACGAGGCGAGUGCAUCUGAAGCAUUGAAGCAGACUGACGGGCUCCAGCUGGGCGACAGGAAGCUGCAGGUGGCAGUCAGCGAGCCGCCGCCCAAGCCCAGCACAGCGCCCACGCCCACGCUGGGACAGGCUAAACGAGAUGUCGCGGGAGGCAUGCGACGGACGCAAUUGAGCAGUUUUAUACCAAGCGUGCUUCAGAAGCCCUCCACAAGUAAGGCUGCCAACGGACAAGGCAAUGGACAUGACGAGAAGAAACCACUAUCAAACACUGACUUUAGGAACAUGCUACUUAAUAAGUGAACUGUGGGCGUGCCAGUGCACACACCGAAAACAUAAAUCUAUUUUAAGCAUAAAUUCAUUAAAACAUUGGUCUAAACGAAUAAUCUCUGUCAAAAUAUUUAAAAAAAUCUUGAAUUUGCGCCAUCUAUCGGUUUAAUUGUGAAAAAUGCUUGGUCAUUUAAGACAGUGAUUUUUUUUCUUAAUGAUUCAAUAUAAUCUUAAAGUUUUUUUUUAAUGAGGAUUACAUACAUUCUCUAUAUUACUUAAAAUGUCAUUAUUUGUAAAAAUUACUCGGAUUUUAAGGAAAUAAUUAGGUUUAAGGUAUUUUGGUUUAACUCAAAAAGUUGCGUGAAAAUAUGUGACUCUUUUUAUUGGUCAUUAACCAAUGCUUGUUUUAUUUUUUGUUAUUAUUAUAAGCAAAAAGUAUAAGUACGAGGUAUACUUCAUCAUCAGCUCACUAUACGUCCUCACUGAGGGGCUCGGGAGUCUACCCUAAGUUAAAGGUGAUUAGGUCAUACUUAAAUACAUAUAUACUUACAAUAAUUGAAAACACUUUUGAUGUUCUUUAUUUUCAUUGAUACACUGAGUGUUUCUUAGUGUUUCCCGUUGGACUAAAUAUGCAGAAUAUUUCCAUUAGGAUGAAAGGUAAGUCGUUCGGCCAACGGAAUUUUUUUUGUGGAUACAUGUAUGUAAAUGUCUUAUACUCUCUAUGGGUAAAUAAAUAACACUAAUCUUUGUCGAAUUAUUGCUCGGUAGAAUGACAACUGUCACUACUGUCAAAGUGAUGUCAAUGUCAAAUUAGAAACUAAAUUAUCUUUUUUUACGAUAAAUUCUAAUUUAAUCUUCCAAAAAAGCAUUAAAACCCAGAAAACUAUAAACAGGUUUUGAUCUCUUCAUAAAUAUCUAUGAAGUUUUGUGUCUGAAGUUAUAUUUCGAAAAUAAGGUUAUCCGGAGUGUGCGAGCGAGAUGGAUGUAUACGAUAGGCAAAGGUGCGACAGAGAUAGAUGUCUUUUAGUAAUAUUUCUCUUCAAUUAAUAGUUUAAGUAUUCUUUUUAAGUAAAUUUAACCAAUUUACUGAAAUUCAAUACACGAAAUACGCUGGUUGUAUUCGCAAUAAUUUCGAUUUUACCUUUUAAGAUAAAAAAAAAUAUUUUCUUUAAAGUUUUUGCCUUCGAUGAGUGAUUUUUGUUGCCUAUAAUUACUCAUCUAAAACUUAUAUAGCUAUAAGAAUGUAAAGGAAUAAAAAUAUUUGUAACAAUGAUGUGUUUAAUUUCAAAUUUAUUAAAUUACUUAUUAUUCGGGUUAAAAAUAAUCUUGAAAUACCUUUGUUUUUGUAUCCAUG